UUGCGUUUCUUCCCUCCGCCUUGUUCUGCGCUGCGGAGCUGCAGUGGUGUCAGCCUGCCUGGGUCAUUUGAAGGUCAGCAGCUUCGGAAGGGUUCAUACAAAGUUCACUCGCAUAUAUUAGGCAAUUCAAUCUUUCAUUCUCUCUGGCAAAACUAGUUAGAAAUGAGCUGCAUCGGGGGACGGAUAACCCAUUCGUCAUCGGAGAGGAGAGCUUGUGCUUUUACACGCCGUGCGUGAUAUUUUUGAUUACGGAAAAGAAAGAUCCGACAGUUCAGGCGGGCACUGCUUUCCCCGCUGUCGGUAGUUAGGACGGGGCGACUCAGAGAAAACCGGUCGGACUAUUAUUAUCAUUGUUAUGGACUAGUCCCGUUCACACGUCCGUUGCAGCGAGUUGAUAGGUCACGGUGCGAGAAAAUGGCAAAUGAGCAUUCAGAAGACGCCGUGGAGUAUUUUGGUCCGAAAUAAUUCAUGAUUCCGGUGCGGGACGAAGGAGAAGAAGGGGAGCGAAAUCUGCCGUGCCAAGAGGAAGAAGAGGGCAAAGAAGAGGAGGGAGGAGGAGGAAGGGGAAAACAGCGGAGUUUGAUGGAGUUGUGUGCGCUUAUGCCGGUGAUUUUUAUCCAUAACGCAAAAGACUAGUCGAACGACGCGCUGUCAUCAUGUUUGACUGCAUGGACGUGCUGGCUGUGAGUCCCGGGCAGAUGCUGGAUUUCUACACGUCUAGCCCAUCUUCCUGCAUGCUGCAGGAGAAGGCUCUGAAAGCCUGCAUCAGCGGACUGGCGCACAGAGAGUGGCAGCACCACCGGAGCGCACACUCCAUUGAAACACAGAGCACCAGUUCAGAGGAGCUCGUCCCCAGCCCGCCAUCUCCACCGCCCCCUCCCAGAGUCUACAAGCCCUGCUUCGUCUGCCAGGACAAGUCCUCUGGAUAUCACUAUGGUGUCAGUGCUUGUGAGGGCUGCAAGGGUUUUUUCCGCCGAAGCAUCCAGAAGAACAUGGUGUAUACAUGUCACCGGGACAAGAACUGCAUUAUCAACAAGGUGACAAGGAACCGCUGUCAGUACUGCCGUCUGCAGAAGUGCUUCGGAGUAGGAAUGUCCAAAGAGUCUGUUCGAAAUGACCGGAAUAAGAAGAAGAAGGAAAGCUCAAAGCCGGACCUGGUGGAGAGCUACGAGUUGACAGCAGAACUGGAGACCAUCAUUGAAAAGAUCAGUAAGGCCCAUCAAGAAACCUUUCCCUCCCUUUGCCAGCUUGGCAAAUACACCACGAACUCAAGUGCAGACCACCGUGUGAGGCUGGACUUAGGCCUGUGGGACAAGUUCAGCGAGCUGGCCACUAAGUGCAUUAUCAAGAUCGUGGAAUUUGCCAAACGAGUGCCUGGCUUCACAGGGCUGACCAUUGCAGACCAGAUCACGCUCCUGAAAGCGGCCUGCCUGGAUAUUCUGAUUUUGCGCAUCUGUACGAGGUACACCCCUGACCAGGACACAAUGACCUUUUCAGACGGGCUGACCCUGAACCGGACGCAGAUGCACAAUGCUGGCUUUGGCCCACUCACUGACUUGGUGUUCACUUUUGCCAACCAGCUGCUGCCCAUCGAGAUGGAUGACACAGAGACAGGCCUCCUCAGUGCCAUCUGUCUCAUCUCUGGAGAUCGUCAGGACCUGGAGGAGCCCUCCAAGGUGGACCAGCUCCAGGAGCCGCUCCUGGAGGCUCUGAAAAUCUAUGUGAGGAAGCGUCGGCCCAGUAAACCACACAUGUUCCCCAAAACCCUAAUGAAGAUCACAGACCUGCGCAGCAUCAGUGCUAAAGGAGCAGAGCGGGUCAUCUCUUUGAAAAUGGAGAUCCCAGGUUCCAUGCCGCCACUCAUCCAGGAGAUGCUGGAGAAUUCGGAGGGCCAAGAUGGCCAGAGCAGCAAUAGCAGCAGCAGCAGCAACACCGCCAACAGCAGCAGUAGUAGCAGGAACAGCAGUGGAGGCAACAGCAGCACUUCAGCUGAGGCAGGGGAAAGUCCCAGCAGCGAGUGCAGCCCCGACAAGGACGCCACUGCUGCUGAGUCGCCGGUGUCCGUGGAGACCAGGGGGGCUACGGUUCCAUUGCCUAGCGAUGAGCCCUAGUCGCACCUGCAGGUGCCUCUGCAAAAACUCUCUGACAUUCCUUUGCACAAAAAAGGAACAGGUGGGCAAGGUGUUUACCCCCUUACAACCCCUCUACCCUAAUUCCUUUGCUUGGUAAUACGUUAUCUUUAUACACUCCCAAUUUUUCUUCACCUGCUCCCCUAAAAUUCCCUCCUUAAAAAGAAAAGGUCAACAAGGAGGCCUCAAAGGAGCAGUGCUUUGUGUAUAAUUCUGAAUUGAGCUCUUAUUUGGCAUGGUUUCUCUAUGACAGGGAUUGUGAUAGAAAGGGCAUGGCCCUUGCAAACAACCAGAGAUGAUACCCCUCAGGUCUCCUGUGUAAAUUCUUAUCUGCAUGACAGGAGUUUGAUAAGUGGUUUUACACACUCUCUCUCGCUCUCUCUCUCUCACACUCUCUCUCUCACUCUCACUCUCUCUCGCUCUCCCUCUACAUCUCUUUAUCUCUUAUAUUGUUGGCAAACUUACAUUGUACAUACCAUUUUAUGGUUAGAUCUCUGUUUCUAUGAUGAAUUUUGUGGUGCUUUUUUCAUUGUCUUAAAUAUUAUCUUUGAGGCGACACAUCAAGGUUUAAAGCAGGACUAACUGUAAGUCCUUUGAAAAGUUAUCUAGAAUGUUAUUGCAUAUAGACAUUAUGGAAGUCUAAUAUUUUUUAUUUGUUCCUAUAUUUAAAACUGUUUCUGUCUUUUGUAAGACUUCUUGGUUCAUUUCUCUACAUGAAUGAGUGUACAUCCACACCGCCAGAAUGCAAAGCUUCUCUUCAUAUCGACAGCCAAGUCUGUUCAACAGUUUCCUCAAAAGAGGGAAGCACAACAGCUGAAGCCUUUGAUACACACUCAUCAGACUCACUACUUCUGUUUAACUCCAUCUCGACAUGAACCACCGAGACCCAAUAUUAGAUUAGAUUUAGAAAUAAGCCAGUCUAUGAAAUCAGCUCAUUUGGUGGCUGGAUCUCCUCAGUAAAUCAGUUUAUCUCACUGUCAAAACAAAUCAGGUGAAUUAGGUUGGUUUUGUGGUCCAUUUUUAUAAUAAUAAUUCAUAAUUCAACUUAACAGCAUUGCACAUUAUUUUCAUCAUCAGGUCAGUUUAUAUGUUUAACAAGCAAAUGUUGUGCCACAAUUUGUUCCACCUUAAGAACCAGUUUCCCGAAGGUGUCACACUUAUUUUCAGACUACUAGUUUCAAACUACAUGUCUUUCUUUGUUCAGUGGGUUAAGUUCAAGUUGAUGUCAUUAGGAGGCAAACAAAUUUAUCAUAAAAUGGCAGGGCAAAACUAAAACUGAGACGAAAAUAAAUCCUUGUAGGGGACAUCAUGCAUCCACAUUCUGUCUCCCCAGUCUGGCAUCUUGCCUCCUGUUAGCAAACACAGCCAGCACCCCGCUGUGCCUGGUUGUAAAGGGACUUUGUAUAACUUGCUUAAAAGCAGCCCUAGACAGAAGUAGGUGAUAUGAUAAAUGCUGAAUAGAUGUCUAAUAGUAGCAAAUACAGGGGUGCUACGAUAUACUGAUAUUGACCAUAAAUGUGAUAUUUAGAAAAUAAAAUACUGAUAUCAUAUUUCUUUAGGUUCUCAUUUUGUCAUAGAAGAUGACGGUAAUGAAUACCUUGAGGCACACCCAUGGUGCAUGUAGAUAUUACAAUAAUAUAGUUACUGUGAAUUAUUUUGACCAUGACAAUGUUCUACCAAAAAACUGAUAACAUGAAGCAUAUAAAUAGAAAAACGUCAUGAAGUAAUUGACCUGACUUAGUACUUUCAGUCACACACAGUAAUCUAACAUUACCUAGCAUAAGCUUCUGUUAUUUUCUGGUCAUAUCAGUACAAGUAAGGCUUUAUAAGCAAGUGUAUUUCAAACUUGUGUGAUUGUGUUUUAUUGCUUAUGAGUUUACAUAUUCAUGCUUCUCUGCUUUCAAAAGUUACAUAGACUCAUUUGGGCCUCAAUACACUUUGACUACAAAUUAGAUCUUUUGUCUUUUUUGUAGUUUUGGUCAUUAUUUCUAUGAGUAAUGACAAUAUUGUUUUUACCAGUUAUUGCUAAGGUCUGGGCACACUUUAACAAAGCCUGGUGGGGAUCAGAUGUCAGAUGUUCAUAGAGGUUGAAAACAAGCAAAUAGUUUGUCAGCCACAUUAUCUGGAGGUGAAAAAUUGACUGGAAACGUUGUUAAUUGCACAGGAAUACUGUAUCACUGUAGAUCAAUGUCAAUCAGAAAUGUUUUACAUUGACCUACAGUGGUACAGUUGACAGCGAUGAAUGUUAACAGUUGUCUAUGGAGAGAAUUUUUUUCCUUUAUUAUUCAAUCAAAUAAAAUAGAUUUGAAACCAAAAAAGAGA